UGGUCCAACUUCAUGGAGGUGUCCAAUCUGGUCUUGGCGUUCGUCUUCAUCGUCGAGAUGGUCCUCAAGCUCGUGGCGCUGGGCUGGGCCAACUACGCCUCGGACACGUUCAACCUCUUCGAUUUCACCAUCGUCUGGGUGUCCAUCAUCACGAUGAUUCUCGCGGCGUCGGACGCGGGCUUCGGCGGCGGCGCGAUCUCCGCGUUCCGCUGCUUCCGCGUGUUUCGGAUCUUCAAGCUCUUCAAGUCGUGGCAGUCCCUGCAAGUGUUGCUGGCGACGAUGGCGGAGACGGCGAAGGAGAUCGGGAACUUUUUGGUGCUGCUCAUGCUCAUGGUUUUUAUUUUUGGGCUGCUGGGCAUGCAGCUCUUCGCGAACCAGCUCCGCUUCGACGACGACACGGGCGCGAAGCUCGACCCGGCCUACUCGGAUUUGGACCCCGUGGAUUUGAACUUCGACGACUUCAUGUCGUCGAUGAUCACGGUCUUCGGCGUGCUGACGGGCGAGUCGUGGAACCUGGUCAUGUACGACCUCAUGCGCGGCCGCGACAACGUCUACUACGGCGUCUUCUACAUGAUGCUGACGAUCAUCAUCCUCGCCUUUUUCGUCAUGAACAUGUUCCUGGCGAUUCUCCUGUCCAAGUUCGAGGACAACGAGGAGCUGAGCCAGCCCGCGCCGCGCGAGGAGUCGCUCCGCAAGCUCAAGUCCUUCCGCCAGGUCGCCAAGGCCGUCAACAUCCUGAAGAAGGGCACCGAGGACGACCCGGGCGACUCCGACGCGAAGGAGCUCACGCCCUUCCAGAUCGCGGCUCUGAAGGCGAAGAAGAAGAAGGACCCCGAGGACGUCGAGGCCGCGGUGCACCCGCCGAAGACGGAGCCCAAGCCCAAGGAGACGGCCCCGCCCAAGGAGAAGCCCAACGUGUCCCUCUACAUGUUCCCCGUGGACCACCCCGUGCGCAAGCUCUGCGUCGAGACGAUAAAGAAGCCGCUCUUCGACCAGAUCAUCAUCGCGUGCAUCAUCGUCGGCUCCUUCAUGCUCGCCUGCAAGACGCCGCUCAUGGACCCGAAGAUGCCCAUCUUCACGCUCUUCACGACGCUGGACUACCUCUUCUCCUUCAUCUUCCUCGUCGAGUUCAUCCUGAAAUUGAUCGCGUUCGGCUUCGCGAUGAACGGGCCGGACUCCUACAUCUACGACCCCUGGAACCAGCUCGAUUUUACCAUCGUCAUGAUCUCCAUCGUGACGUUCCUCGGCGAUUUGGGCGUGCCCCUGGGCGUCGACGUCAAGGUCUUCAAGGUGCUGCGCGCGUUCCGCGUCUUCCGGCCGCUCCGCAUGCUCUCGCGGUACCCGGGUUUGCGGUUGGUGCUCAACUCGCUGCUCGUGGCCAUCCCCGCGGCCUUCAACGUCGUCGUCGUGUGCAUCCUGUUCAUGUCCAUCUUCGCCAUUUUGGGCGUGGGCUUCUUCAAGGGCCAGAUGAACAUGUGCGACGUCGACACGUACGGCGGCGGAAUCCCCGAGCAGUACUUCGACACGAUCGCGCGCGACAUGUGCAAGUGCAUGUUCAAGGACGAGAACGCCUGGAGCAACCCGCUCUACAUGUCCUUCGACAACUUCGACACCGCGUUCGCUCUACUCUUCGAGAUCUACUCGACGGAGGGCUGGCUCGACUACAUGUAUUAUAAUGUGGACGCCAACGGCAUCGAGAUGCAGCCCAUCCGCGACCACGGCUUCCGCGAGCAGCGGCGGUCCCUGCCGCGCUUCUACAGCUUCUUCUACCACGUGCUCUUCCAGUUCGUCGGCGGCUUCUUCGCGAUGCAAUUGUUCGUCGGCGUCAUCAUCGAGCAGUUCGGCAAGCUCAAGGAGCAGGCCGAGCAGGAGGGCCGCAAGGGCGUCAUGAUGACGGCGUCCCAGGAGCAGUGGGUCAAGACCCAGAAGUUCAUCAUCGAGAUGGUCAAGCCCAAGCACAAGAUCAAGCCCGUGAACGUGCCCUGCUACAACAUCGUCGAGGGCGAGCACAAGGCCACCUUCGAGAACUUCAUCAUGGCCUGCAUCGUCAUCAACGGGUUAUUUAUGGGUUUAGACCACUUCGGCCAGCCCCAGGGCAUGACCGUGGCCAUCGAGCUCAUCAACAUGAUGUUCGCGAUCAUUUUUAAUAUAGAGGCCAUCCUCAAGAUCCUGGGCAUC